AGGAGAAUUUCCCUUCGGGUUCGCAGCAUCCCCAUGUCUGCUGUCUGCUGUGGAAAGGCUUUGUGCUGGAGCGUGGGGAGCAGAGCUCACAGGUGACCUCUAACUGGAUCAGCCUCGCUUGCUUUAAAUGCCUGUCCCUCUCCUUGGGCUCAGGUGUUUGGUGACAGGCUGGAAAGUCAUGGUAGGUGGGUGCUGCUGGCAGCUGAGGGUGCCUUCUGCUCUGGAAAACAGGGAGGGAGGAAAACUGGUGGACUCUGAAUAGCCUUGGGAAGAGCAAGCGGGGAUCUUCUCCACGCUGUAAGAACAGACCCUUUGGAAAUUCAUCUGAGCAGCCAAUUUCUUGGGGUUUCUCAUCGCCUCUGAGAUCAAACCCCAUUCCCUUCCUCAUCCGAGGGCCACCACAGCCACGCUGGGCCACCUACUCAGAGGGCAGCUCCUCCACCUGCCCAGUGCCACUCGCCGUGGGGGCUGGCAGACCUGUGCCAGUGCUACCGAGGGACUCUUUCCAGCGAGCACUUUUAAUUUUUCCUCUUCCUUCUUCACUCAGCUCUGCAGCAUCACAUGAAAUACCUGUGCAGCCGCCAGCUGCCCUGAGCUGUGACCUGCGCUUGGCUCAGGGAGACAGGACUUAGCACCCUCCAGAUCCGAGGGCUCGCUGGAGCACACUGUGGACUGUCCAAGUCACUGGUGGUGGCUGAAUUCCUGCCCUGCGCUGGGUCCCUCUGGCCCCGCUCCCUCCCGGUGCUGAGCGCACGGGGCAGCAGGCACAGCUGGGGUGUAGCAUGCACGAGUGUGCAGAGGGACGCAGGGACACCGGCGGGAGCCAUGGCUUCAUUUGGGAAGCUGACGGAGUAUUUCAGCCUGAGGAAGUCGAGGCCGGAGCUGCGCUCCAGGCGCUGGGGCCGGCGGAGUGGGAGCUGCUGCUGUAGUGUCACCGAGUGCAGGUCUCUGGACAGGAAGCUGCAGCGGCCGCUCCUGGGCAAGUCGCGGACGCUGCCCAGCAUCCCGCAGUCGCCGGUGCUGAGCCGGCUGCCCCUGCUCGAGCCCGCGGCCUACAGGGACGAGAUGCCAGAGCAGAAGCCCUACAAGAAGCACUCCGCCUCUGAGCACCAGAAAGGCUGCACGGUCCCUUCUGCCGGGGAGGCCUGGCGGCUGGAGGAUGACUGCUCGGAGCCCCCCAGGGCCCCCCAGCUGGGCACGGCUGUGGAGGACGCCCCGUUCAGCUACUUCCGCACCCGCUCCUUCUACAUGAGGAAGAGCCUGUCCGUGGACAACCACCUGGGCUCGCUGAGCUACGCCGUGCACCCGGCCGAGAGCAAGGCCGAGCGCGUCAGGACCAAGCUGCGGCGGCAGUUCAGUCUGGGGUCAGCGGACAAGAAGGACUUUUACCAGCCAAAGUCGGAGAGCAGCCUCGCUAGGUUUGCCCACCGCUUGUCGGUGAAGCAGAAGCAGGAGAAGAGAAGGAAAGCUGAGUAUGGCUCGGCCGAGCUGUCUGCCUUCCGGCCCAGGUCUCUGAGCAUUGAAUGGUCAUCCUCCCCUAAAAUGACGCAGCAGAUGCGGGACCUGCAGCUGGCGCAGGCCAGGAAGCCACCGGGCCCUUCCUCACCAAACGCGGCCAAGAGGCUCUACCGAAACCUGUCCGGGAAAUUCCGUGUCAACUACACCUCCUUCGACGAGGGCAGCCUGGUGGGACGGGGCGAGAAGGAGAAGCUGCGCAAGUCCUACCUGUUCCAGAGCAAUGCUGCACUCUUUGAGGCCGUGGAGCUGCAGGAUCUUGACAGGGUGCAGGAGAUGCUGAAGCACUACAGCCCUGAGGAGCUGGACCUCAACACUCCCAACAGCGAGGGGCUCCUGCCCCUGGACAUCGCCAUCAUGACCAACAAUGCUCCCAUUGCCAGGGCCUUGCUGCAGGCGGGAGCGAAGGAGAGCCCACACUUUGUGAGCCUGGAAAGCCGCUCACUGCACCUCUCCACGCUGGUGCGGGAAGCGGAGCAGCGCGUCAACGAGCUGAUGGCACAGGUGGUGAACGAGGCGCCCAACGCUGACUGCUCGGAGAAGGAGAAGCAGCUCAAGGCCUGGGAGUGGCGGUUCCGGCUUUACAAGCGCAUGAAGGCAGGGUUUGAGCAUGCCCGAGUGCCAGAUGCCCCCAGCAGCGUCCACCUCUCUGUGGCCAGCAGCUCCUCAUUGCAGGUGACCUUCUGGGAGCCCCUGAGCGUCAACUCAGCUGUUGUCACCAAGUACAAAGUGGAGUGGAGCUGCUCCUCCACCUUCUCACCGCUGCUGGGAGAAGCCGUGAUUGACAAGCUGAAGGACCUGCACUUCACCAUCCAGGGGCUGGUGUCGGGCACGGCGUACCACGUCCGCGUGUCUGCCUACAACAUGAAGGGCUGGGGUCCCCCGCAAGCCUCCGUGCCCCCCUUCGCCAUCCCUUCCAACUGGCGGGAGUAUGACGGCCGGGCGCCGCGGCGGAAGGGGCAGGCUGAAGCUCUGGACCAUCUCCUGGGCCAGGUGAAGACCGUCCACCAGCACUGCAUUUGCCAUGAGCCCUGCAAGAACCAGCCCCAGAGCAGAAAGCAUUCGGUCUCCAAGAGCCUCAAGCACCUCUUCCACCCUGGCAGCAAGUUUCUCAAGACACUGAAGCGGGGCCUCUACCUGACAGCCAUCUUCUACAAAGAUGACAACAUCCUGGUGACUCACGAAGACCAGAUCCCCGUGGUGGAGAUUGAUGACACCUACUCCUGCCUGCUCAUGCAGGAUUUCCUCUGGCUCACCAAGGUGUCGUGUAUGUGGGACGAGAUCCUGUGGCUGCGGCAGUGUGUCACCGUGUCCCAGUCCUCCUGCUCCUGCAUCCUGCAGACACGCUUCAAGAUGCUGCUGGCCAUCUCGCAGAUGCAGGGGCUGCUAGGCAUCCAGGACCUGGGGCAGGUCUUCUUUGAGCCCAUCAAAGAUAAACAGGGCAACAUCCUCAUCGUCACCCUGAAGGAGGUGAAGACCAACCAGACCUUUGAGAGUGUCCGCUGGGUGCCCAUCUGCAAGCUGCAGAGCAGCCGCAAGUCCGUGUCCUCCCCCGAGGAGCCCACUGCUCUGGACACGCUGCUCAUCUCCCUCCAGGACAAGCUGGCUUAUCACCAGCGGAGCAGCCACGCCCUCUCCCCGGGCCUCUACCUGGGCUACUUGAAGCUGUGCAGUGCCGUGGAUCAGAUCCGAGUGCUGGUGCCAGAGCAGCUCCCCAACAUCCUGUGUCACGUCAAGAUCCGCUCCAACCCCAACAUCUCCAGGGAGGAGUGGGAGUGGCUGCAGAAGAUGGCCAGCGUGGAGGAACCUGUUCCCACAGAGCCAGAGACUGACAGGUCCCAGAACCCCUUCUUUCAGGAGCUCCAAGUGGCCAUCAAGGAGCUGAUGACCCUGGUGAACAUCCCAUUGCAAGAGGCCAAAGACUUCCGUCUGUACAGCCAAGAGGUGCUGGACUUUGGGGAUCAGGUCUCCUUCCUGCUGCUGCUGCCUCCAUCAGAUGACGUCUGCACUGCUCCAGGCCAGAACAACCCCUAUACCCCUCGCUCUGGCUUCCUCACACUGCCACUGCAGAUCUUCGAGCUGGUCCACUUCUUCACGUACAACCGGGAGUUCAUCACACAGUACUGCCAGGUGUCCGCCCUGCUGGAGCUGGAGUCACUCCUCUCCCAGCAGAGCCUCAGGGAGGCUUUCUCUGAUGCCGAGCUCUCCACUGCCAAGCAGAGGCACCAGCAGGUUCAGGACUACAUCCAGCAAAUGGAGGAGAUCUGGCGAGAGAUGCGCUGGAUCAUGGAUGUCCUGCAGCACGCCCGCUACAAGCAGCCCUCCUGUGGCAUCUCUCUCAGUGGCUUCCUCAGCGAGGCCGGGGGGGCAGCCAAGGAGAAAACCCGAUCCUCCUCAUCCCACCUUGACUACCUUCCAUCCCCAGUGCUCUCACCAGAGACCAGCCGCAAGCUCAACUCCGCGGACUCGCACGGCCUGUCGGACGAGGAAGGCUCCUCGGAGGUGUUCCUGGCCACCGACAGUGACUACGACUCCAGCCGGGCGCAGAGCCCGAAGGAGCUGGACCUGGUGUGCUCCACCUCGGGGCCCGAGUGCUGCGGCCGGAGGGUGGCCCGCAGCCUGCGGGACAGUGCCCCGGACGUCCUGCAGAGCCACGAGCUCAAGACCGCACCGCCAGUGCCGCCACCGCCCGAGGAGCCGCGGCCACCGGCCAAGCUCUACGACAGUGACUUUGUCCUGCCCAGCCGGCAGAUCGAGCUGCUGCGCAUCACGGAGAAGCGACAGGCGUACUGCGUUCGGACCAGCAGCCUGGACUUCCCCAAGCCCCACUGCCCCGCCCCGAGGAAGUCGUGCCCCGGCUCCGUGGACAGCUCCCCGGCCGAGAGCCGGACCGCGGGCCGCUGCGGGCAGCGCGGGCUGGGCGCUGGCUCCACGCCCGGCUCCGAGCCCGUCUGCCGGACGCGCUCGGAUGAGUGGACUCAGGACUUGCCAGAGCAGCAGCCAGAGCAGCCCGGGGGCUUGGCCGAGCAAGGGAAGAAGCCGGGCUCUGUCACCUUGAGGGUCUGCCCUCAGUACGAAACGGGACUCUCCAAAGACACCAGUGUCAAGCUGCACAUCACCAGCCAGACGGCUGCCAGGGAGGUGGUGAAGCUGGUGGUGCUGGAGAUGAACGACGUCUCGCGGGACGUGCUGGGCGGCGCGGCCACCGUCCGCUACGGCGAGGAGCAGCUGGAGCACUUCGGACUGGUGUUCGCUGCCAACGAGAGCGAGCAGUGGCUCCCCGAUGACUUCUUGCCCCUGUCCCUGCACACCAGCCAGCCUGAGGGGCGCUUCUACGUCCGCAUCAAGGAGACGUCCCCUCUGGUGCUCCAGUACGGGCCAGCGACCACCGUAUGAGAGGAGGAGAGUCGGUGGGAUGGAGAGGAGACCUCGGCUUCCAGAGAGCAGACAGCUCGUCUCUGAUGCUUCCUUCUUCCACAGACACCCUCUCAUCAGGCGUCCGUGGGGUGGAAUGGGAUCAUACUGGGUUGUGUGUUAUUUGUUUGUGCUAUUUUUUAAAUUUUUUUUUUUUAACCAAAGAGACAUCGAGACUCAGUUUUUCUGACUGGAGAAGAGGAGGGUGGAGUCCAGAGACCUCGGAGCUCAGGAGGAAUCUCUGCAGGAAUGGAAUUUUUGAAAGUAAACAUUUUUAAGGAGAAGCAGGGGAGAGAGAGAGAGAGGAAAAAUAUUACAAGAAGAAGCAGCAAUACUUUUUUUCCCCCCUUUUUUUUCUGAAAAACCUUGUUUGGGAUUCACUGAAGGCAAAGCCACAGAGGAUUGCUGGGGAGGGCUGUAGUGUCAGUGAGGAGAGGGCAGGAACCACAAGGACAACCCUGCGAAGGGUGUUUUCCUAUCUGCCCUCCUUUCACUGCACCUGGAGAAAUGAUUCUUGCACAAAGUUCUUGGAACAAAAUUAUAUUAGUAUUUUUAUUCUGAAAAAAGUCAAUAAUCAUUGUGCCAGAGCCACUGGAGCUGGGUAAAGGUGAAGACUCUUUGACUUGUGUCCAAGACUAAAGGAACCCAUGCAGCCAGCCCCCUGCACUCACAGACGUGUCAAUACCACACUAGAGAUUUGCUAUAGGGUAUCUCCUGCAACCCCCUGGGCUUCCUUGUCCCCCUGGGUGGCGUUUUGUUCUGGUGAUUGUGCUUCUUUAGUACGUCCUGCAGCAUGACAUUUUGUUAGCCACUAGGUCUCCUGUUAACAAGGUUACUUUUCUGAUCUCCUGUGGUCCAUAGUAAAGCCAACUCCUGCUGAGUGCAUAUCACUUGUCCUUCUUGUGGCUGGGUGCGUAGCAUUCCAUCAUCCAUCUCCCAAACCAGUUCUGAUUCCAAGGGCUGGGCUCCUUUUUCCCAGGAGUGUUUAGUGGGAUGCUUCCCACUCUGUGCAGCGUUACAUUAACACACAAAUCACAUGUGUGGGAGCAAAGAACUAGUCAAAAAUGCUCUUCUGGGACUUGUUGCUCUGUAAGGCAGCAAGAUAAGGUUGGGCGUGCCAAGGCAUCACCUCCAUGGGCUGGUGAAACCCCAGAGCUGUAGGGCUGGAUGUCUAGGUCAGGUCCUGCAGCCUCCACUGAGGGAAGAGCACUGCAGAGGAGCAGGGAUGGCAGAGAGAGCUCACAGCUCGGCUGGCACAAACACUGCGAGGAAGGUUCCAGUCUGGCACCCCUUGGCAAGGCGAGGCUUCUGUUGCUGUUGCUCCUGCAGCAGCCACCUCACUGUCCUUCCCUUGGCACAGAGGGAUCAGGGCUGGGCAGCAGCCCCCAUCACUGGGUGCCAGGGUGCAGGAGGGCUCUGUGUGCAGCCAUGAGGGUCAGCUGUCACUCCACAGAGGUUCCUCAUUCCUCGCCUUGCGGCCACCAGUGUGGCACAGGCAGGAAUAUAUCCCAGCACGAACCCUUCCUGCCCCACGUCAGAGCCACUGUGGAGGGGAGGAUCGUGUGCCAGCCCCUCAGCUGGUGCAAAUCAACCAGCACCACAUUGACGUCAGUGCAGGCACCACCAUGGGAUGUGGAGGCGAGCGACAAAGAAACUUUUUAAAAGGCGCUUCUCCCAUCUCCUCUCUCCUUUGCUUGUCUUCUGCCUCAAGUUAAACCCCGCUCUCCCAGGUCAAGGAAGAAGUGGGUUGGUGAGUGCAGAGGUUCCCAUGGUGUUUGUCAUUGUUGGGCAUCCACAGGCAUUGCCAUCCCAAAGAGGCAGGAGCUGCAGGGUGGCCCUUUCCUUUACGUGUGUCACCUGCUGAUGCUCAGAGCCUGAGGCAAGGCAGAGGGAAGGCACAGCUGGUGGAAAACUAAGUGCCUUUUUGGAAGUCACAGAGUGAAUUCAGUGUUAGAUCAGGGCCAUGUACAGAAAGCUACAUCUGUGUCCCUGAUGCUCCUCAGCAUGGAGUUGUGCAACUCCUGAUGCCCUUUUAUUUGACCCCAGAAGGGAAGAAGUCCUCCCUUUUCCUUAAAAAUUUGUUCUCCCUUCCUAGAAACCCAGUCCAUCAAGAGAGACAGAGCCAUGACCCAAAUGCAGGCACUGCUCUUUGGGGUGGGCCUGGGAUAGUGUCUGCAGCUGGAGCUGCUGCCCACCCCCUGUGCAGAGCUCUGCCUGUGGAAGGGUCUCAGUGGCCAUGCAAAGCUUUUUCUGCAGGAGCUGCUCUGGCCACACAGCAGCUUGGAUCACUUGGCUGCAGGGAACAGUGUGGGACCUCCUCCCCUUGCUGGGGAGAGGAAGAGAGAAGGAGCCUGAGGAGGAGCUGAGUUGGAUGCAAGUGGGAAGAGCAGGAGUUGCACAGCUAUUUUGUGGGGAGCCCCACAACCAGGAACAUGGGGACGUGUGAUGUCCUGAUGCAACACGCUCCUCACAGAAUGACACAAGAUUUGGGGUUGGGAGGGACCUCUGGAGAUCAUACAGUCCAACCCCUUGCCCAGGCAGGGUCACUUGGAGCAGGUGACACAAGAAUGUGUCCAGAUGGGUUUCCAGUGUCUUGAGAGGGGUAACUCCACACCCUCCUUGGGGAGCUCUUCCAGUGCUUUGCCACACUCCUUGGAAAGAACUUCUUCCUAAUGUUGUAGAACUUCAUGUGUUUUUGUUUGUGGUCAUUAUUCCUUCUCUUGCUGAGCUUCACUAAAAAGACUCUGGCACUGUC